AAUACAAGGAACCCGAUUUUCUUAAUUACAAAUCAGACACAGCCAAAAUCAAGCACGGAAAUUCUUCAUAGUCACUACAAGAAACAACAAAAGAAGAAACCUUCACAAACUAAUGGGAACUCUCAAAAACCCUCAAUCCAAUUAAAGUAGUAAACAAAACCCAUAAACUUUUCCACGCAAAUAAACGAUAAGAAAACAAAAUCAGUGAAGGGCAUCAGCAGAUUCCAUUAAAGAUGAGCAGAAAAACCCACAAAAUCAGAACCAAGGAGAAGAAAAUUAACAAAGGAAAAACGAAACUCACCCACGACACUCGAUCCUCCUGAGCCAAGCGUCAUGGGUGAUUCAGAAGAGCACUUGCUUCGACGGGAUUGUAGAGAUCUGAUCGAGACGAAGAGAGAUAUUUGGGAAGCAAGAGAGAGAGAGAGAAAGAACAGGAUGAGUCAGAGAGGAGAAUCAGACGAACAAAAGGCGAUGAUAGGCAAAGGUAGGAAUAAACAAAUUAGAGCAGCGGGAGCAGCGAGAGCAGCGAGAGCAGCGAGAGCAGCGAGAUCAGCGGGAGCAGCGGGAGCAGCGAGAGCAGCGGGAGCAGCGAGAGCAGCGGGAGCAGCUAGAGCAGCGCCAGAGUCAGGGCGGACGGUGAAGGCUCAUCGCCGUCGGUGAGAAGAGAUCCCCAAAGUUCAUAAAAAACAAAACAAGCAUGUCCCGCCGAGGCCUUUUUCUUUACCACUCUCCAAUCAGGGAGGCAAGAGGCCAUUUAAGUAUUUAACGAUCGAGGGAAAGUGAAAACAGAAAUUAUGUUAAAACCAAGCAAACCCCUUGAUUUUUCAAGCUAUAUUUGCUCCUUAGUUAACAGUUCGUGUUGCUGCUGGUGAUACGAGUGUGUCUCCAUCAGGCCUGCAUGUGAGCGUGGGCCAUUCUACUCAUGGUAGUCUCACACAAAUACAACUACUCUGAUCCUUGAUGUCUGGACUUGAGUUCUGUCUUAGGUUUAAGAGGAUAAGAAUGCAAAUUUUCAGAUUUAGGUAAAAUAAGGUUAAAAACCUCUU